GUCUCAUCCUACUCUGUGCGAUUGUGGCUACGUACCUGCAUAUCAAGGAGAACGUCCAUGACAAUGCGCUCACACUUGUGCAAGACUCCCUGAUUGAUGAACUACCUGCAUGAGGAGGGAUCUGACUGGACACUUCUAUUCAUUCCCCACCUUACAACUUCGUUCUGUAACCGUAAUUUUGACACUUGAUUGGAUGGAAAGAGAGGAGAAGGAGGGGUUGAGGUUGAGGUGGAGUGCGGGCAACACACCAAAACCCUGAUUGGUGUAGCAACAAUCAGAAAUCUCUGCAGAGCAGUCCUGAUUCUAAGGCAUCAUGACAAGAAGAAGAUAGGAUAUGGUUCUUCUCACUAAAUGGAGUGAAAAAACGUUGGUCUGAUUGUCUCGACAGUCUGGAUAUUUAUUGCGGGAGUUGGAGCGAUUUAUCUGUUUGGAAGAGCACUGAAGAGUCGAAAAGUCUGGAGAACUUGGAACGGCUGAGGUCCGACAGUGGAAUAAAGAAAUGGGCUUACAGGACAAGAAACAAUGCACCUGUGGACUUCGGUAUUAGAAUGUUGUUAAUUAUGCGUAAUUGAGUCAACAUUCUGAAGUGCUUGUGAGUGAGCUUCUGUAUAAACAGUGCUGUGGCACAACAGGUGAGUGAUCUUACCUGUUAAGUUGUACAGUAUAACAUUAUCACAGGGAGUGCUGCCAUUGUGUAAGAACUGAUAAGACACAGCUUAUAGACAGUGCGAGAUUCAAUAUCUAACUAGCGGGCAAAGAACAAGUCAUUUAAAGGAAGUGACUCAAGAUACCGUCACUAUAAGAAUUUUAUUGGAGACUACGGUCUUCAUGUAAAAUCCCAGUCGAGGCACUUGAUGUGAAGUGCAGUCUUUCAAGUUUUUAAGCAGACCAGCACUUGACAUUUACUAUAAGAUCACCUCUUAGGUAAGAGUUUAGACUUCAGACGGAGCAGUGUUUAUGGGUGGGGAAAACUGCCCAAGAAAGCUUACAGCCAAAAUGGCUUUAGAUAACAACCGAUAUGGACUGUCAAGGGGCUGAAACUUAUCGAGGACACACUCCGGCAGAGACGUGUAGGCAAGUUUAGCUUGACUGCCAUGGCUAACAUUACAGACACUCUGGACAACAUCACCUUUCCAGAGGUCGGGGUGGUGGAACGAGUCCUUGUGCCCAUUUUUGACACUCUCAUUCUGGCCACCGGCAUUUUGGGACACUCCUUGGUCAUCGUCAUCUUAUCCAGGAAGCAGAGGGGAUGUGGAGGUAACGGGGCGAGGGCUGCAGGGUCGUUGGGGGGGCAGGUGACAGACAUCCUCCUGCUGUCCCUCAGCUCUGCUGACCUGCUCCUGCUCAUCAGCCUGCCUUUCCACACUGUCGCCAUAGCGACGGGCCACUGGCCGUUCGGCAGCGCCAUGUGCAAGCUGAUGGGCUUCCUGGGAGCCGUGUGCACCUCGGCGAGCGCCUUCACGUUAGCCGCACUGGCCGUGGCGCGCUACGUGAUCGUGGUGAAGCCCACCACGGCGUACCGCUGGCGCAGGGACGUCCGCAUCAAACUGGGCACCGCCGCUCUCUGGCUGCCCGCCAUGGUCCUCGCCGCUCCGCAGCUCACCUGGCGCACGUUAGACUCCGGCAGCAACGUGAACCGCGAGCUACGAGACUACUACACCCACUACCAGGACCUGGUGUGCUUCAACUUCCUGUCCCCAGAGGGCCAGCUGGCGUACGGAAUGUGCCACUUCCUGCUGGCCUUCAUGCUGCCGCUGGGCGCCAUCGCUGUGGCAUACGGGCGGAUAUUUCUCUACCUACGGCACGCCAGGCAGCAGCAAACAACGGUGGACCGGAUGGAACGCUACCAGAGCCAGGUGACCCAGACGUCUGCGCUGCUGGUGCUGGCCUUUGCCUUGUGCUGGCUGCCCUCCUACGCCUUCAUGUUCGUCCAGCUGGUGGGAGACAGCACGGUGACCGGGAACUCGCCGCGGCACGGAGGGUUCGCCACCUUCGCUCGGGUCAUGGCCACCUCAGCCACCGUGGCCAACCCCAUCCUGUACGGCUUCAUGUCACGCAAGUUUCGGAAGGAGCUGAAAGAGAUGGGCCAGAGCGCCUGCAAGAACCGACUUGGGUGACGAGGGAGGGAACCACUAGCCUGAUUAUCAUCGACUUUCAAAUCUCUUCGAGACUCGGUCUGACCAAGAGCAUAACAAUUAACAUUUCCCAAAUAGCAUGGUCAACAUGCCUCCCUUGGUUUGCUAAUGGUUGUAUGCUUCCCGACAAAGAGGGAGGAGUAGCCGGAUUUUUCGGGAGCCCAGAAACAAUAUUGUUUUGCCCUUUGCCCGACUAGAAGCAACGCUGAAGUUGUUGCAUCACUACGAGGGCACGGCCUGACUAGGGAACCACAGGCAAAGUAGAAGUCUUCCACAGACAUUACUUUAUUUCCGGAACAAAAGGAAACAUUGCCUGCACUCCUCUGACAAGUGAGCUGCACCAGCAAGUACUUGUCCAUUUUGCACAUCAUUUAGUACUAACUAGCUCCAACUAAUUACAAGAAUAUGGAUGCAGGAUUAUUUUUUUUUGUUUUUGUUUUGUUUAACUGGGAAACUCCAACUCCCAUUGUCAUUGUGACACAG